AUGAUAAUUACAUUUUUAAGGAUUGAUGCUGUUGGUAAUGUAAAGGUGGCUGAUUUUGGUCUCUCUAAAGAUGUCAGUGGUAAUGUUUAUUUCCGGCAACAAAUGUCAAGUGGAGUUAAGCUACCAAUCAAAUGGAUGGCCAUUGAAAGUAUAGAGGAUGGUAUAUUCACUGAAAAGACUGAUAUAUGGUCAUUUGGUAUUACAGUAUGGGAAGUGUUUAAUGGAGGGAAGACACCUUAUGGUGGGUUUUCACCAACAUGUGUUAAGACUAUGAUAUCUGAUGGAUACAGACUUGAAGCACCUUCAAAUUCAGCAUGCAAUGAUGAUAUAUAUCAGAAGACAAUGCUAAAGUGCUGGGAGAGGGAUCCUAAUGAGAGACCAACAUUUGCUCAAGUUGUGACAGAUAUUGAUACAUUGCUAUCAAACAGUGUUGGAUACUUGGACCUUACAAUGUAACUCAAUCUUACAACGCAAACUCAUGCAUUAUAGAUUUUUUACCUAUCAUAUAAUAUGAUUUUUACAUAAUAAUACAAAUAUGAUACAAUAUUUUGAUAGUUUAA